CUCUCGCGUUCGCGCACCACUUGAAGCCUUCACGCACGCAGUAUCGCUGUCGUAUUGCAUCCGGCACCAUGUAUGGUAUGCAGCAAGCCUACAAUGCCGUCGACCCGAGUGCGCAGGUGCCGCCUCACCUUCUCGCCCAUGUCCAUCUGAUCUCUUCGUAUCGCUUCCCGACGCUUCCCAGCCUCCAGCCCGCACAAGCACUAGAAUAUCUCAUCAAAGGCCCCCAGAUAGUGCGCGACACGUCCCCCGUCGCCUGGACCUACUUCGCGUCUCCGCCUCAAGAUGGCACCGUUGUUCUCGCCUGGCAGCCGCCGCGCAUGCAUACACACUUUGCCUCUGAUGGCAUCGUGUGGGCCGACGCGGAGACGGCCUAUGAUAUGAAUGCGCGAGGCUACACUCUGCAGGUGUUGGUCCACAACAGCGGUUACGUCUACCCGCACGAACCCUACGCAAUGCACGCCCGUUUCCGCUACAGGAUUGCAGCAGGACCUGGCGCCUUCGACCCUAACCUGUGGUUGAUCCACUACAGACCAGCAGACGCGAACCACCGAAUCCCUGCAAGCCAGAUACCGAUACCACGGGAGAUGCACGCGACGCUACAGAUGCGCGCCCAGCUCCAAGCCGCGGGUCCGCUUAUGCGCAAAGAGUUCAUGCUGCACGACCAGGCCAACUGGCCCAAGGUCGAGUUUGGACAGCCAGCAGCUAUGAGAGGCCAGCAGCCAUACUACAACCCUAUGCAGCCAGGACGACCAUACGUAGCCCAGCCUCCGCCAGCUAAGCGGCAGCGCGGUUUGCCGCCGCAGCCUCAAGCUCGUCCACCUGUUUCAAGCGUCAUCGCCCCAGACCCCACACUUGAUGAUGAGGAGAACGCGACCCACGACGCUUUCGACUACCUCAGUCCUCGCGAAAUCAGUCUUUCUAGAUACAAGCAACACCAUGAGUGGAUGGAGGAGAUAUUCUCGUCACCCUACGCUGUGGGCAAGAUUGCGCCCAUUGAUCUUGGAUUAGGCCUCAUGGGCGAGCUCGCUCCCCUGACUGCUGGUAUUCUAGAUGUUCCAGGCGCAGAGAACGCGGAUACUGCAAAGGAAAACUACCAAGUCAAGAACUACUACAAGCUGGACCCCGCUCAGCUCAAGGACUUUGAGACACGUGUGUCGGAAUACACUUCAAAGGAACAGGCUGAGAUUGAAAAGAUGAAGGCGGACCAUGCAAGGAAGAUGGGCCAACUGAAACGGACUCGAACAUACAUCAAGGCUGAGAGGCGGUUACGGGAUCUGUCACGCUCAGUAGAUGGCGAGAACGAGGGAUCAGACCCGUCAGAAGGAGUGGUACAGGACCUGGAGGAAUCGUUGGGAGUGACAUUCGAUGCGAAGAAGUCGGUUGUCUGCGUGGAAAAGGGCGGAUACAUCGUAGCACAACAGCCCCAACCACAAAAGGCUCAAGUAAAUGGCCACGGAGCACAACAGGGUGCGAACGGCGCGUCGAAUGAUAUGCACAAUGACGGGGCGAUGGAAGCUGAUAACACAGCAGCCAGCCUGCUCGAUCAGUACGGAUCUGGGUCUUUAUCCGGAACUCCUGGUAACUUCUCAAUCCCCCAGAUGUCUCAACCACCUUCUCAGUCGCAGUCUGCUGUUGGCACACCACAUGCACAUAUUGGCCACACCUCGCAGCCCUCAACGUUCGAUCGGCAAGUCUCAAAUAUGGAUGCAGAUGCUGGCAACGACCUUCUGGAUCUUGACGUAGAAAUGUCGGGUAUGACGAAUUCGCUCGAAAAAGACUGGGUCCACCUUGAUGAGCAGUCGUCUGGCGAUGCACAACAUGCUCGUGCGAACGCUCAGCAGGCCAUGACAAGCAACAAUCUUCCCGCGACAGACUCGAAUGCUCUACCUCAAUCAAACAUAGAUGUUGAAGCAGGUAGCAUGUUCGAUACGGCAGAUUUUGGGAGCUUCGACAACCUUGACACUGCCGGAGAUGCAUUGGCAGAUUUUGGGCAUGACGAUAACUUGGGCUUGGACCUUGUAGACGACUCAGCGUUUGGCGAUGCGUUUCAUGGAACUGAGAUGCACCACGACGAUACAGGAAACGGAGACAAUGCUUAGUGGACAUUGCAUCUCUAAGCAAAGCCUGCAGAGUUUUUGCCUCUAGGUAUUUUUAGACCAGCACCUAACUUGCGAGGUAUCAGAUACUUUGUCCAUACAACCGGCUUAUAAUGUUUCUUGACCUUGUCCAUUCGAUGAAUGGUCUGCUACUUGAGGGGUUUGUAUAGGUAUGAAAGCGGGGAGUUUUCUAGGUGUUAUGGGUGGGACGAUAGGGGAUUAGUGAUAAAUAUCAGGGGUGGGUGUCUUCUGUUCUGUUUGUAGUUCUCAGCCGAACAAGCGUAUCACCAGAAUAUGUGAUAUUGUUGAAUAUCGCGCCGGCUAUUAGGUAGUGAACCGCGAUGAUAGCAAAGUAGGAAGUCGGACCCGUAUGUAUGUUGUACGAUGUCUCAAUCUAGUUGCGUGC